AUGAGCCUCCUGGCAAGCCUUCGACACCCAAACCUCCUUUUAUUCCUGGGCGUUACGUACGACCCACACACCCACAACCCACGGAGCAUCAUAACCGAGCUCAUGCCCUCAAGCGUCUACGACCUGCUCGAAACAAGAGGAGUGAGCUUGGAGCAACACGAAGUAUUGGACUUGGCUAGCGAUAUCACUUCGGGUUUGGUGUACAUCCACGGCCAGAGGCCUGCUAUCGUACACCGAGAUCUCUCCUCGAGAAACGUUCUGUACGACGGUCGAACAGCGAAGCUGGCGGAUUUGGGACAAGCGAAAGCUAUGGGUGUGGCAUCGGCAGUGGGAGGCACCCAGCAGACGGCCAUGCCUGGAGCGAUGGUGGGCAAGCUAUUGGAGUUUUCCUUUCCCAAGCGAGGAGACCGCUUCUCCCUGCUCAAACCACUGCUUGAGAGCUGCCUUAGGUUGCACGCAGAAGACCGACCGGCUGCGGCCGAAGCCCUGCGUGCUCUGGAAGCCCUCCGUGCAGAUCCCUGCGCGUAUCACCCAGCGGGGCAUGGAGCAGGGAUUUUGGCGGACAGGUGGUUUCAGGAGGAACAGAAAGAGAAAACUCGUGGCCUGGAGGCUCGGGUCCGUGUGCACGAGAGACGUCUGUCGGCUGAGGUGGGACGAUGGAAGGAGGAGGCAGAUAGAGCGGACGAAAUGUCGGGGAAAAUAGGAGCAGCAGAGAGCGAACGAGACGCGGCGGUUACGAGGGGUGCCAAAACUACGACGUUCUCCUCCCCUUGCGCCACUGACGCCAUCAUUCCACCCCGGAACAGACAGGAAGAGCUCCAACAAAGUCUUGCGGCUUCACUCGCCGCUCUCGAAGAGGAAAGGUCCGCCCGCCAAGAGAUCAAAGACCAACUCGAGGAGGAGCGAGAACGGGUUCGCUCCCUCCAGAGUACCACUGAGCGGUUGCAAGAGGACCUCCUAAGGGCCCAAAGGGCUGUUAAGUCCGCAGAGACCCUCCAGGGUUUGGCCGAGGGCAAUAGCACCUUGGCCAACCGUGCAGCGCUGGAGGCCAAAGAAGCCAGGGUUACGGCGGGGCGGAGGGCAGAACAAGCUGAAGCACAGGUGACAAGCUCAGGGCAAGUGGCGGCCACUCGCGAGGCGGAAGCGAGGGUACGGCAAGCAAUCUCCCGCUGGGAGGGGGAGAAGGUGGACCGACUCAGGUUCAGAAAGGAAUAUAUUACAAUGUGCUCCGAGGCUCAGGGGCGAGAACGGACCGUGAGAGACCUCCGGGCUCGCCUGAAAGAUGCUACGGACCGGCUGUCCAAGUACGACGGGCUGCCGGAAUCCGAGCAAAUUCGGCAGCGUAUGCUCGAUCUUGAGGUAGGCGACACCCAUGAGCAGAACGAGCAGAAGGCCGGUAAAUUCGGGCAAACACAAGACAGAAGUUACACUAGGGCCGUAGUACCAGCGACGAACUACGACGCCCUGCCCGCCUUGUCGGUCCUAACUCACACCCAGUGUUGA